AUGAUUUCCACUUUCUUGCCACCCUCCACAAGAACAGAACGACAGCAGAAGAUAUUGAAAGCCAUUGAAACAUUCACAGCAGGGGAACUGGUUGUGGCUACUUCACGCAUGUGGAAAACGGCCACAUACGCUAAAGAGAAGCUCCUGAGCCUGGCGCAGAGAUUCAUGCUAUUUGACUCGAUAUAUCAAAUGAUGGCCAAUGACGGAAGGAUCCCGGCAAGAAGAAGAACUACUUGGGUUCAGAACAAAGAGCACGAUACGAAAACAUGGGCUACACGAGUUCACCAGCAUCUGGAACGCUUGGACCGCAAUAUCUCCGACAUCGAAGAUGAAAUGUCACGAGCAGAAAAGCAGGAAACGAGCCAACACUCACCGACAAAAAGAAAGUUAGACGACAUAGAGGAGGGACCGAGCACGAGCAAGGUCCAUAUCUUGUCUGACGACGAGUAUAUGAAGAGAUUGAUUGAAGAAAACAAGGACGAUAAUGAUGAUGACCCGCCGGAGGCUGCUGAACGCAGAAGCCUUCAUGAGAGCGAAGAGCAAGAACGAAAUAGGCAUAUGUUUUCAUUCGGAAGCGAGAUCGACGAGAUGCUGCAGUAUAAAGAGCGUCACGCCGAGCUGCGCUGGUUCCGUCCACCAUCUUCUCUUCCCUAUCGACUGCACCGCUGUAUUCUGUAG